CACGUAUAUCUCAUCUUUCAUUUUCAUGUUCUGCUGCACAUUUCAUCUCCAACAAUCUCGCACUUGACACAUGUAUUCCUUCUUAACUUCGGCCUUUAUAUUGUUUCACCAUCAUUAAUCUCGCUCUCUGUCUCCAAUCGCAGUCAGAGAAAGACUCCUCUAUUGUCGCAAUGAAUUCGUUUUCUUCUUAGCGUUUUGCGCAUGAUUGAAGAGCUUGAUUCAGUGGAAUGAUGGUUAUCAAGAAAGUUCUGGUGAUGAAAACCCAGUUUGAUUUCGUUUGCAAACGUAUGUCAAGCGGGAACAUGCUUGGAGUCCUUGGUUCCAUUUGGGUUUUCGUCUGUCACUACAUGUUUUGUGUGUCUGGAUUCAUUAGUAGAUACAUACUCAUCAGAUUUCAUGCAGAUGAUCACAGAGUUCAUCACCCUAUUGUUUGUUUAAAGCAUCAUCAUCAAUUUGAUGCAAAUAGAAAAGAAGAAGAAGAAGAAGAAGCAGCAGCAGCAGCAGCAGAAGGAGAAGAAGAGUUGUCUCUGGAUUCUCCCAUAAUAAGAAGAAGUGAUGAUCAGAGCAGAACAGAAACAGAGGAUUCCGAUCAGAACAGAGCAGAAACAGAGAAUUCCGAGCAAAACAGAGCAGAGACAGAGAAUUCCGAGCAAAACAGAGCUGAAACAGAGGAUCCCAGUUUUGUUCAGAUCAUUUCAGCUGUAAGCACCGAUUCGUACGAGUAUACUUCUAAUAGAUAUAUUAAUGGCUACAUGGAAGAACCAAAAGCCAUGAGCUUUACCGUCCAAGAAUUCUAUGCUGAUUGGGACAGUUCUAAAUCCUCUGAUUAUCAAAUUCCUAUUAAAGCAGCUAAGGAUCAUGAUGCUGAUCAUGAAAAAGCAGUGAAGCCUAUUGAAGUAAUUGAAGCAUUUGAGAAUGAAGAACUCGAGAAAUCAGCCAUUGAUCCUAUUGAGGAAUUUUGUACUGAGAAGGUUCUGGACACUGAGUAUGAGCUAUGUGAGGUUGAAGAACACAAUUGCUCUCUUGUUUCUGAUUCGAAACAAGACCCAUUAAGCUCAAGAAAAGAUCAUGAUGUGGGUUCACUUAACUAUCAGUUCUUGAUAUAUAGAAAUGCGGUUCCGUAUGACGAGGGACUUGAACCUCAUAGCUCUGGGUUUCAGUAUGAUGCGGAGGAUCAUCAUAGAGUCCACUUCGAUAUGGAAGACGAUCAAUUGCUUGAUGUACGUAUCCCAGAUGGAAAAGCAGUUGUUUUUUACGAUCAGCAAAAUGGUUCAGAAUCUUCUGAUGAUGAUUACAUUGAAUUGUUAGAGCCCCAACUGAGGAGUUAUAGUCAACAAAUUGAUCAAGUUGAGGAGAGAGGUGAACAUAAAGAGGAAUUAGUCCAGGUUGAGACACAAGAGACUAGUCCACUAGUACAAUCUGCAGAAGAAGGAAAUGGAUUGCAGCAAGCCAAGUCUGUAUUGGUUUCGGACGAUGAAAAUAAUUGGGAGUCUUAUGAAGAGCAUGAUGAUCUCAUUGAACAGAUUAAAAGGGAAAUUAAGAAUGUGAGAACAGGAGGGCUUCCCACUAUAUCAGAAGAAGAUCAUUCAGAAUCUACAAACUUGGUGGAGAAUAUAAAGCUCAAGCCACUGAAGAUUGAUGAAAAAUUCGAAUACAAAGAUCGAAUUGCAGAGAUUCAGAAGGUGUACAAAAGCUACGCUGAGAAGAUGCGAAAGCUGGACAUCUUGAACAACCAGACCAUGCAUGCAAUUGGUUUUCUGCAGCUUAAGGACCAAGUUAAGCCAAUUUCUUUGCAAAAGUCUUCCAUUAAUCCAAUUAUGAAGUCUAUUCUUUCACAGAACCUGUUGAGAUGUAGAGCACAAAGACAAACCGCAGUUGACCCUUUACCGAAAUUUGUGGGAGACUUGCACAAGGAAUUGGAGUUGGUAUACGUUGGGCAGGUUUGCCUCUCUUGGGAAAUUCUCCACUGGCAGCACAGAAAAGCCCAUGAGUUGCAGCAAUAUGAUCAUCAUCACUAUAAUGUUGUUGCCACUGAGUUUCAACUGUUUCAAGUGCUCCUGCAAAGAUUCAUAGAAGAUGAUCCAUUUCAAGGCCCUCGAGUGCAGCACUAUGUCAGUACGCGAUGUGUCGUUCGCAGUCUUCUUCAAGUUCCAACCAUAAGAGAUGAUCGUAGGAAGGAUAAGAAACAUGGAAUGGGAGGGGAGGAGGAGGAUUUGAUAAUAGUGAGUGAGAUGCUGAUGAAAAUCAUUGAAGAAUCGAUGCAGUUAUUUUGGACAUUUCUUCGCAGUGACGAGAGAAAUGCGGUCCUGAGAAGCCUUCAAGAAAGUCAGGUUGAGCAUAAAGACUUGGAGCUUCUAAUAGAUAUCCGGAAAGAUCUUCAAAAGAAGGAGAAAAAGCUCAAAGACAUACAGAGAACUGGUAAUUGCGUAGUGAAGAAGUUCCAAAAGCAGCAUCAAGAUCAAGAUAGACUUGAGCAUAGUUUGUUUAUCGCUCAAGUUGAACUGAGGCUGGUUUUGAGAGUGCUUAAUAUGUCAAAACUAACAUCAGAUCAGUUAGUUUGGUGCCAUGAGAAGCUAGACAACAUAAAUUUUGUUCACAGAAAGGUCCUUAUGGAGCCUUCAUUUCUUCUUUUUCCAUGUUAACAUAUGUCAAGCCGAAUGUGCCUGGUGAUUACUUGACUUGCGGAUGUAUAUACUUGUUUAUCUCGACACAUUAUUAACAACAGAUAUGGAAAAAAGGAAUGGUUUACAC